AUGUCGAUACUCCAAGCCUCGCCUCUUAUUCCUCCCUCACGACCUGAAAUCAUUCAGUCACUUAUUGACGGUGUUGAUAGAUACAAUCCUGACAAUAUUUCAAUUCUGGAAGAAUAUUUGGGAGCGCAGUUACAGAAUGAGGAAUAUGAUUUGAUGGCCAAUUUGGCAAUAUUAAAGUUGUAUCAGUUUAAUCAGCAUCUAAUUAAUGACCGAGUAAUAAUAAAUAUACUCGUGAAAGCAUUGACAGCAACACCAAACCCUGAUUUCAAUCUAUGUCUUUAUUUAUUGCACGAAAGCGCUCUUGCAGACGAAAGUAUACAGAAAUUACUACACCUCCAAUCACUUCUUGAACAAGCGAGAUAUCGAGAAUUCUGGAAUGUUUAUGAAUCAGACGAAACAUAUCGAAUAUUAACGUCUGAAGCAAUCGGAUUCGAGAAUGCCAUUCGCAAAG